GUCAACAUUGCUCCAGUUGGUACGCCCAGGCAUUGACCCGCGUAAUCAACAAAGAAACCUCAGAGUCUAGUGCAUUGCACUCAUUCUGCUUCCAACCUUGGAUAUAUCAACCGCCGGAAAGUGAAAGACUCCCGAGAACGUUCUUUGUUCCAGUCAACCACACUUCCUGUUACCGAGAGUAAACUCACGCUCGCGCUCGCGCUUGCGCUCGCCAGCAGAAAAAGGAGCUCAUUCAAACGAUACAUAAGCUACCAUCUGUUGUACACAUCUUCAUCUUAUUGUCUGAGGAGAUAGAUUUUAGAUAGCCACCAUGGCGGACAGACUGCCAGAACAGACGACGGGAGAAUUGCCUCCUGAAAGUCCUCUAUGGACGUAUGAUAUAGCAAAUGGCAAGGCUCUCAACGCAGGGCUCCCGAAACUGCCCGGAUUGAACGUUGAGAUUUUUUUCGGCGAAAAAAAUAAUCGUCCGCGGUGGUUGAUAGUACCUGCACCAUGGACGGUACUUCCUAAGGAAACUACCCCUGGUGGAACAGGCCUAGAGGAGAAACGUGCUGACCCAAAGAACCCCAAAUCCAAUGGCGAGGAAAUCUUUUGUUGGGGAUUCGAUCCUCCUCCCGAGCAAAAAGGCGACCGAGCGCUUUAUAGACAUGCCUAUGACGCGCUCCGAGAGGCCCUCCGCAAUCCUAAGUUUAGGGAAGAAGCGAGAGAUUAUAUCCAACAGCGAUUUUCAAACCUCAUGCAGAAUAGGGAGGACGUGCUCCCACGACUUCCUAUGCCCCCCGAUGGUCGACCGUCCCUGAAGCGACAGGAAGCCAUUCCAGAUGCCGCCAGCCCGCAGUACAGUUGGUUCGAUCGCCCGAUGCUAGUCUCGAAGCCUGGGUCAGCUAUAUCUGCCAGCAAUCCCUUCCCAGGGUUCGCACCUCCAGUCCCGACUUUCGAAGCAACCUCUCCCUCAUAUGAGUACGAUGACGAUGAUCCCGCAGAAGCCGCUAAUCCCGCUCCAAUACCAGGCCCCUCAGAUGGGGAUACUGAAACUCACGCCGAGGUGGCUGACGAGGGCGGCUUGUAUACAACACAACCAUCUGCCCUGUUGAGCAACCAAGAAAACAUCCCCAAAUCCAAGCUACCAGGCCCGAUACCCACCACCCAGACCGGCCAGCAAGUCCCAAAGGAAGCAGCAGCAGCAGCAGCAGCAGCACCACCACCACCACGCAAGCUACCGGAUCCACUACCCACCAAUCAAGCCGGGCAGCAAGCUUCAAAGCAAGCACCACCACCACCACCACCACAAGGACCAAAUCCGAUCCCCACCAACCAAGCCAAGCAGCAAGUAUCCAACCCACCACCAGCCCCGGAGCAGGAGGGGGAGGAGGAGGAACUUGAGGAGGAAACAAGCUCAAACUCCAGCGCCGACACCAGUGUCAUUGACAAGGAAACAUCGCCGUGGCACAACCCUGAGUACACGGAUCAGCUAGUCCAGGAAGCGGCCGACAAGCUCCUGGAGAAUGCCGAGGCGUACUGGCCGCCAGAGCGGAUCCAUCGCCGGAUGAGGAUGUGGUCCGGCGUCGAGAUCCGCGAUCGCACCACGAUCGGCCUCGAGGGCCAGAUCGACCAGCUGCCGCCGUUCCCGGGCAAGUUCAACCCCGCGGCGGAUGCGGUGGGGACGCUCAAGAGGAAGCGCGGCAGGGCGCCGAAAGCUGCUGCCGCUGCUGCUGCUGCUGCUGCUGCCGCGGCCGGGGCGGCGGCGGAUGGUUCGAAGCAGGCGGCUCCUGGAGAUGGAGAUGGAGAUGGGAAUGGGGAUGGGGGCGGGGACGGGGAUGGCGAUGGCGAUCAGGCCCCGCAAGCUGCUGCAAAGGGGGCUCCGAAGCGCGAUGCUUUCUACAUUAAUACGAGGACUCACGGGAGUUUUCCGCAGACGGCGCGGAGGGGUCGAAGGAGUAAGAGGAUUAGUCGUAUGAAUAAGAAAAAGAAGAAGAAGAAGUAGUAGUUUGUUGGAGUCAUGUCGCUGGCGGAUGUGGUUCGUGAGCGGGGAUUGGGAAGUUCGAUGCGGAGAUUCGAGAUGGUAGUAACCUGCUGAAGGACGAAAGGUGGUGUGGGUUGCUGAUAUGCUGCAAAAAUCUCUUACCUCUUGUGUGUAUCUAUACUUGGUUCGCUUGCUAUCAUUGGGUUUAGCAGUUGUACAUGACCUUCUCGUUAUGGCUCUGUAGGCAUCAGAAUAGGAA